AUGAAGCUCAAAAGCUCAUCGUCUUUUUCUCAACCUGCAAAACGAGAGCAGUUAUCACCAGAAAAAUCCCGCCACAGAAGUCGCACCUCAAAUAUCUUCCUCGAAGACAGUGGUAUUCCAAUGAAACAUCGUGCGCCCGAGCCAUUAGAGAACAUCCAAAAUACAUUGAAGAUUCAGAACACAAGCAGGAAGAUUUCGGAGUUUUCUCUCCAGAAGUAUCCGGAUUCCCAGAUCCACCUGAACUUCGUGAAGAAAAAAAUGCCGUGCACAUGCACUUUGAGCUCCAUUAUCUCAGUUUCCGUAAGAAAUAUCAAAAAAAUGUCAAAAUGUCAAUUUUUGAUCUUCAAUAUUUGUUGUUCAUUCAAUCACUUUGAAUGUGAAAACAAUUCAAAUUUUUCUGUCAAAACUAAGAAAAUUUCAAAAACUUCAGAAAAAAAAUUAUAUCAAAUUAUUUUGCCACCUUUCAUCAGAAACAAUGUUUGUAAAACAGAAAAUUCCAGACUGCACUUCAAAUGGAAGUUUCUAGACCAGCAAAUGGAGUUAUCGGCCAUCAAGAAGUUUCCUAGGUGA